AUGACGUCCCCGCAGCCUAAGCGAUCCGGACAACCUCCUCUCCGGUCCUGGUCCCAGCUCCAAUAUAAUAAGGUGCACGUCACUUUCUCUCCAGUGGCUCAACGCCUCUUCUGGCAGUACGAAGGCAGCUUCCCUAACGCCAUCUCCGUCAUGAAGGUGUCCGGCAACGCAAAGGAGCUCGAGCCCCUAUUUCAACCCAGUGGGACUUCUGCUGCCGAAGGAGACGGCGGUAACGGUAGUGAUGGCGCCGGGACAGGCACGUGGCACGCCGUUGCGCACGAGCCCGUGACCCAGCCCCCCGUCUCCUCGCUCCGCGCCGCGAUCGAGGACCUGGACCAAUGGGAGUCGGACUGGCUGUUCUGGCACCAGGACCACGAGAGCGCCGAGUUCGUCACGUACGGCGACCUCAGCGACGAGGACCGGCCGUUUGCCGAGUACGCCGACGAAGACGGUAACUGGGAGGCUGAUUCGGACACCGAGUUCAAGAUUCGGUGCUGCGGGGAGGACCGGCCACUGCGCAGGAGGGGGCUCGAGCUCGAGGUAAAGCCGGGCGACGGCGGGGCGUUUAUCUCGUUGCGGGAUUAUAUACAAGCCGUGCACCCAUGGCUCAUGAGCUUGCGGGAUGACAUUGUCCGAGCCAAGUCCGUCGCCCGCACGGGAGGCUUUCCGUCUAGGACGCGGUACAUGGUGACCCAGGGACCUCGCCAUGUCAUCGAGGAGAGGGGCAUGUGGAUGGAUCGCCACGGUGCUGGCCGGGCUCAACCCCCGAUGCCCAUUAGUGCCGGUCUCUUGGCGGCUAUACAGGCGCACCGCGAGUGGAGGAACCGUGGCUUCACCGUGCCGCAGGCUGGCAACCCGCCGUAA